UUGUAGAUUGCACAAUGUCGUCUGCCGCUUCUAUCCACAGCUGGUGCCUCACCCCCACUACUACUGUCUCUCCUUCUCUCAGAAAAGCCACAUUACGUCCCUCUGCUUUCGCCAGGCUCGGCUCUUCUCCUUCUUCUCCUCCUCCUAGUCUCAUCCAACACAAGCCCGUUUUCGCUGCUCCAUCUCCCAUCAUCACCCCAACUUGGAACGAAGACAUGGGAAAGGAUUACGAGGAGGCCAUUGCAGCUCUUCAAAAGCUUCUCAGUGAGAAAGGAGACUUGAAACCUACAGCAGCUUCGAAAGUAGAGCAGAUAACAGCGGAGUUACAGACCCCAGAUGGCAAACCAUCAGAAUUUGAUGCAGUUGAGAGGAUCAAGACUGGCUUUAUUCACUUCAAGAAAGAGAAAUAUGAAACAAACCCAGCUCUGUACUCUGAACUUGCCAAGGGCCAAAGCCCCAAGUUUAUGGUAUUUGCUUGCUCCGACUCUCGGGUUUGCCCAUCGCAUGUUCUAGAUUUCCAGCCAGGAGAGGCUUUUGUGGUUCGUAAUGUUGCUAACAUGGUCCCACCAUACGACCAGACCAAGUACGCUGGAACUGGAUCUGCUAUUGAGUACGCUGUUCUGCAUCUUAAGGUGAGUUACAUUGUAGUGAUCGGUCACAGUGCUUGUGGUGGGAUUAAGGGGCUUAUGUCUAUCCCAGAAGAUGGAACUACCUCCACGGACUUCAUAGAAGACUGGGUUAAAAUCUGCUUGCCUGCUAGGAACAAGGUGAAAUCAGCCUUGGGCAAUGCAUCUCUCCCAGAACUCUGUGGAAGCUGUGAAAAGGAGGCAGUGAACACAUCCCUUGGAAACCUUCUAACCUAUCCUUAUGUAAGAGAUGGUUUGGUGAACAAAACUCUUGGAUUGAAGGGAGGUUACUAUGACUUUGUUAAAGGAACAUUUGAGCUUUGGGGACUUGACUUUGGCCUUUCUCCUUCUGUCUCCGUUAAGGAUGUGGCCACCAUACUUCAUUGGAAGCUCUAGGGACAUGGUUAGAUCGGUCAUCCCUUCCCUGCCAAGAAGAGGCUCUCUUUUAAUUUAUCUCACAUUAUAAUGUGAUGAUGACUUAAACUUAAAGUGGGUUUUGUAACCAAAUUAAUAAGCCUCUGUUUUGAGAGUUGGGUGUAAAUUUUUUUCCUCCCAAUGAGUUCCUUUACAUAUUUUCAUCUUUA